AUGCGGAGACAGCCGGGGGGCCUGGCCCUGAGGUACUUUGUGCUGCAAGUCGUCUGUCUAAGCGAGCGCUAUGGGCCUGUCUACACCCUCCACCUGGGCUCCCGGCGGGUGGUGGUGCUGUGCGGCUACCAGGCGGUGAAGGAGGCCCUGGUGGACCAGGCUGAGGCCUUCAGCGGGCGCGGGGAUCUGCCCAUGAUGUUCCGCUUAACCCAAGGAAACGGCAUCGCCCUGAGCAACGGGGAGAAGUGGAAAGUCCUGCAGAGAUUCGCCCUGCAGACGCUGCGGAGCUUCGGCAUGGGCAAGCGGAGCCUGGAGGAGCAGAUCCAGCAGGAAGCGCAGUGCCUGGGGCAGGAACUCGCCCGCACGCAAUGUGGGUCGCCCGGGGGCCACGCGCGGCCAGGCUGCAGCCCCCGCCCGGGAC